UGAACCGAUUUCGAUCAGACAACAGAAGAAGGUAGCAUUCGACGUGAUGGAGCCAGCGGAGAUAUCCUGCCGAGUGCAGGCCUAUCCUAAGCCCGACUUCCUAUGGUUCUACGGCUCCAGCAACUCUCCACUGUCGUCAUCUGACCACUACGACAUCACAACAGUUACUGAAGACAACGAUUCAUACUUGAGUACAUUAAAAUUAAGAAACGUGAAGCCUCAAGACUACGGCGACUACUACUGCACUGUGAAGAACUCACUCGGGAGUAUUCGGCCUCAAAUACGAAUGCAGCCGAAAGGGGCUCCUGAGUCACCUCGAGGGUUGAGCAGUCAAAAGGUUGGGUCGAGUUACGUGACCCUGAAGUGGGAGUCGGGUUUCGACGGUGGCCUCUCCAACAUCUACUACGUGUGGUACCGGCGCGUGGCGCGCGGCGCGGGCUCCGUGGAGCAGUGCGCCGGCAACCGCAACGAUGUCAACGAUUGGAAGGAAUACGACUGUAUGCGGGCAAAUCCCUGCAACGUGACGCGGUUGGACCAACACAAUACUUACUCUUUCAAGGUGAAAGCAGUUAACACGAAGGGUCAGAGCAACUAUUCAAAUGAAAUAACAGUGACAACGAAAGUGAACAAGAUCCUCCCCCCGGAGCAGCUGACGUACGACCCGAGCUCGCGCGCGGUCGUGUUCAGCGUGGGCCCCACCUGCCUCGGCCUCGUCGCCGUCGCUGAGGGCCUCGGCAGGGCCGGCGGCUGGCAGGUCACUUGAAUAAUAAUCAUACUU